UAGGCACGCGGGCACGCACGGCCCACGGGAGGGCGGGGGAGGAACGGCGAGGCCGGCGGCGCCCCGCCCAGUCAGCAAGGUUGCGCGCGCCCAGGGUGACCGCCGAGAUGGUGGUGGGCGCGUUCCCCAUGGCGAAGCUGUUCUACCUGGGCAUCCGGCAGGUCAGCAAGCCGCUGGCCAACCGCAUCAAAGAGGCCGCCCGCCGCAGCGAGUUCUUCAAGACCUACAUCUGCCUGCCGCCGGCCCAGCUGUACCACUGGGUGGAGAUGCGGACCAAGAUGCGCAUCAUGGGCUUCCGGGGCGCAGCCAUCAAGCCACUGAAUGAGGAGGCAGCCGCUGAGCUGGGCGCCGAGCUGCUGGGCGAGGCCACCAUCUUCAUUGUGGGCGGAGGCUGCCUGGUGCUGGAAUACUGGCGCCACCAAACUCAGCAGCGAAACAAGGAGGAGGAGCAACGGGCAGCCUGGAAUGCACUGCAAGACGAGGUGGGCCGCCUAGCCCUGGCACUGGAGGCGCUGCAGGCUCAGGCACAAGCGACACCCUCAUUGAGCGCCCUGGAGGAAGUGCGGGCGGACCUACAGGAGCUGCGAGCCCAGGUCUGUCAUGUGCACUCCUCUCCCAAGUGCCAGGCAGCAUCUUCCAAGAAAUAGCCAGCUGCUGGGGCCCCAAAAAGUACCUCCCCACAUCACUUGGCCUGGCCUUCUCUGGCCCCUCGGAAGGCACCAGGACCUUGAUGUAACUGUGACAUGUGGUCACCUUUACUGUCAGAAUCGGGGCAUUUCAGAAGCAUUCAGACUGAGCCCCUCCAGCUUCUGACUCAGAUGGUUCAUCCCACCAGGAACCAUGUUGGACUUUCAAGGUCUUGGCCAACCUGCCUGGCAAAAGCAAAAAUGGAGCCAGGGCUCAAGCCUGAUCCAGACCUGGUUAAACAAGGUCACCUGCCUGUCACUGGAGCACCUUCUUCCUUUGGGGGUACAGGCCACCAUGAGCCUUGCCUCAGGUCAGCAUAGCUCGUGUGGAGGCUGAUGAGUGCAGUUGAUGCAGCAUUCUCUCUCUACUCAUUCUGUCCUCUGAGGUCCCCUCGCCCCUCAGCCUGUAGCGUUAUUUCCUAGUCUCUUCCUUGGUGCUGACUGACCCUAGGUGGCUCUAAUCUGGCCUGUCCCCGCAGCUCCACUUCCCUGUCCUCAGAGUCCCUGGACUUCCCUUCAAGUGGCACAUAUUUUCUUCCGUCCUUCAGUGGCAUUUCUCAGGCCUGUGGGUUAGAUCUCACCUCACAUACCUCUUGUCUGCACCCUCUUCACUCUCAGCCCUGCAGCCCUGGGUCCCCUCACUGUUGUGUUGGUCCCACUCCCCAGACAUGACAUGUUACAUGUAAUGGAAGACACAGAGUAACCUGUUCUCUCACAGUUCUGGAAGGUGGCAAUGGAGGUCAGGGUGUUUGAGGCCCCACUCUCUCUUCUGGCUUUAGGGGCUCCAGGCAUCCUGACUCUGUGUCUUGUCUUCCUGUGGCUUUCUCUUUACUGGCUCUUGCAAAGUCACCUACCCUGAAUACAAGGCCCACCCUAACUCCAGGGUGGCUACAUUGAAAUAUUUUUAAUUAUAUCUCUGAAAACUUUCUUUCUAGGUGGGGACACACAGUUCCCAGGGUUAGGACAUGGAUAAACCCCUCUUUUGGAAGCCCUCUAUUCAACCUGUUACUUUUAAGGCCCCUGCUAUGCUGUUUGGCCACUUGGCAACUUUCUCUUGGCUUCUGGGAUUGGGUUCACCGCUACAGCUCCAGAAGGAUUGUGGGUGCAGCAGUCACUGUCAUGGCUUUCCAAUUCCUGAUGGAAGGAGCCCUGGAAUAAGGAGGGUCAAGGAUAUAUGAAUGGCAUAAUUAAUAUGGACCUCCAAACUAGGUCAGUGUUCAUUAACAAUAAGAGAAAGCUAGGCUUGGUGGCACAUACCUGGAAUCCCAGCACUCACAGGCUGAAGCAGGAAUGAUCGUGGGUCCCAUUAUGAGUUCCAGGACAGCCUAUUGAGCCACGAGACCCUGUCUUAAUAAAAAGAAGAAGAAGAAGAAGAAGAAAAAAAGAAAGACAGAAACCAUGGAGAAAAGCCAGAGAAGGUUUUGUCUAUGGUGGGAAUGGAGCUAAGACUCAUUCUAAGAGCUCUUUCCCACAUUGGGAAACUGAGGCCAAGGGGAAGGGAAGCUAAGGGACUUGGCCAAGACCCCACAGCUCAGGAGGAGCCAGCUACAUAGGGUGGGGAGGGAGGACCAGAAGGACCUUGAUGGUUCUAGCUUCAGGGCAAGGUAAGAAGAGGGCCAGCUUCUUCCCUGAGGCCUGAGGCACUGGGUAUCUGUCCUCUAUCAGAAGAACCCCAGGCCACACCUGAGGUCUCUGAAUACAGAAAAUAGGUUCAGGCCCCCUGGUCCUUGUCCCUGGAGAUAAACCUUGCAGGACUGUCCCCCAGGGGUCUGGGAAUGACCCAUUCCUGGGAUUCCCCAGACAGACACUCAAGACUUCUGAAACUAUAUGUGAGUUCCUUCUAGAAGAGGCAGAAGUUGCUGUCUUUAAAUUUAGGAGUGGCUAGAGAGAUGUCUCAGAGAUUGAGAACACUGGCUGCUAUACCAGAGGUCCUGAGUUCAAUUCCCAGCAACCACAUGGUAGCUCACAACCAUCUAUAAUGAGAUCUGGUGACCUCUUCUGGCCUGCAGAUGUACAUGCAGACAGAACAUUGUAUACAUAAUAAAUAAAUAUUUAAAAAAUAAAAAUACAAAACUAAAUUUGGGAGUGGCUGAGUUAGGUGAAAGCCUAACUGAGAGACAAAGGCAAAGGACAGACAUGACUGGAUGAUGGAGACCAGAGGAAAGAAGGAGCCAGGGAAGCAGCUCAGAGCCCAAUUGCCAUGGUUACCCCUAUGGAGUCCAGUCUGGCACUAACAGCUCCAGGGACAGCCCUGACCACCUUGUCCUGGGUCAGUCCACAGCAGUUACGGCAAAGCCAAGACAGGUGAAGGACACUGAGCUCCGUCAGGUCAGUCAUUACUCCAGCAGACCAGUUUCACUGUUCUAAGUUCCCUGAAGAACCCCACAAGAAUGUUUUCUCUGUUUGCUUGGGAGGAAACAGGCACCAAAACAAAAUGUUGCCUUCAGGUCACCCAAGUGUGGAAAUGGUCCUCUGGGCCCAUGCUGACCCUGUGGAGACUUCAUAUGGUCCUAGUGCAUCUGGACAUGGCUGGGCCUGUGGGCAGCCUCAGCCACAGUGGCAGUACAGGAAGCAAGUAUGCUGGGGUGUGUGGUUCCAGCAGCCUUCACAGGGCAGGAGUACAGAGUAGCUUUCAUGACUCUGGCUUCCUAAUCACUGCAGUGCUAUAUAUAUGUCCCACAUGGGGAGAAGGGGAAGAAUAAAUUUAUGAAUGAAGCUGGUUGUCUUCA